GCCCGCAUCCAGCGCUGCUGCAGCCGCGGGGCCGGAGGCCCGGCCGCUGCUCCUGGCAUCAGCUGAUCCCUCCAGGCAGCCCGUGCUGCAAAGUCAGGCACAGAGAUUGCCAGGGCGCCGGCGAGGGGACAGCAGGGGUGGCAGCGCGGGGGGCUCGGGGAGCCGGGGGCAGCUGUGCCCUGAAAGCCGAGCCACCUGCGCGCUGCUACCUGCUGAAUAAUAGAGGAGCUGACAGGCAGCGGAGAGAAAUGUGAUGCUGGCGAGCCAGCCCGGGAAGACAUCCGAGCUCCCGGCAGCUGCGAUAGCAACUGCAGCCAAGGAGCCUUCCAGCCCCGCGCGGCGUGCCCGGGCUGCCUGCAGCUCUCUGCCCAUCCCGGGGUGCCCGGGCGGCCGGGGCCCGCUCCAGGGGCACGGGCUCGGCCCUGGCAGGAUGAUGUGAGCUGCAGCGGGCACCCAGCGAGGCAGAGCUCAAGGGCAGAGCUGGGUUUCCCGGGAGGUGAGGCAGAGGCUGCCCGCAGGCAGUGCCCGCGCCCGGGGGGCAGCAGCUCAGCCCCAUGUCCAGAGGAGGGGAGAUGGUUUAUAUCCCGGAUGACUCCGACUUCAGCUCCUUCAGGGAUCAGUGCGAGAGCCUGGAGGGCUGGCACUGCCGGUAUAACAAGGCUGGCGUGACCGUGUGGAGUCAGGGCCAGGAGGAGAGCUGCACCGUGCAGAAAAUCAAGACCCGCAUCUCCUGCAAGGACGUCCCCGCCGAGACCCUCUAUGACGUGCUGCACGACACCCGCUACCGCAGGAAGUGGGACUCCAACAUGAUCGAGACCUACGACAUCGGGCGCCUCACCGUCAACGCUGAUGUGGGAUACUACUCCUGGAAGUGCCCGAGCCCCCUGAAGAACCGGGAUUUCGUCACGCUGCGCUCCUGGCUGCCCCUGGGCAAUGACUACAUGAUCAUCAACUACAGCGUCAAGCACCCGAAAUACCCGCCCCGGAAGGAUUUCGUGAGGGCCGUGUCCCUGCAGACCGGGUACCUGAUCAAGGCCAACGGGGACGGUGCCUGCAUCCUCUAUUACCUCACCCAGGUGGACCCGCGCGGGUCGCUGCCGAAGUGGGUGGUGAACCGCGUGUCCCAGUUUGUGGCACCAAAGGCGAUGAAGAAGAUCUACAAGGCUGGGCUGAAGUACCCGGAGUGGAAGCGCCGGCACGACCCCGAGUACAAGCCCUGGGUGUACCCCGAGCAGAACACGCUGCCCAGCGUGAGCCUGGCCGAGCUCUCCGUGCAGCACGCGGAUUCCCUGGAAAACAUCGACGAGACCGGCCUGCCUGAGGAGCACCUGAGCACCAGUGACCACGAGGCCUGAGCCCUCUGCGCAGGGAAUCCCCUCACCACCGAGGCUUGGCACCCAGGGGGCACAGCUGGGAAUUUGGCUCCCUGCUUCCCAAUAGUCACAUCUGCUCUCCAACUCCUUCGUCGUUCCCCCCUCUCCCUACCCAGGCAGUGGAGAACUGUCCCGUGGGAUCUGUGCCACAGGUGCUAGAAAGAGGCAGGAUGGGCACCCUGGUGGCCCCUGUGCCCAUGGAGAUGUCCCUGCAGGUGACAGUGCUGGCAGUGGGUGUUCCAAGAGAGGCUGGGCAGGCUGAGGUGGGCAGGAGCUUUCCUGGCACCAGGAUAUGGCUCUGCCUCUCUAAAAGACCCUCAAAGGCCCAGAAGUGGGGGGCCUGUGAGGGUCCUGCCCAGGCUUUGCAGCAGCACAAGGUUUGGAUUGACCCCGUCUGGCCUGAGGUCCAGCUCUGCCAACCCCGAGGUCAGGCUGGACCCCCUCCAGCCCUCCGUGCCCCUCCAAGCUUAGUGUGACCCCCCCCCCAUCUGAGGGAGCCCUCCCAGGCCCUCUCCGGAGCACCAGGCUCACCUCUGCAGGCUGGCUCUAGCCCAGCUGGCUCUGGGGACCCCUUCCCCUGGUAGUUUGUGGGGUUUGUCCUGGCACUGGGGUCUUGGGCUGCCUGUGUCCCCACUGUCCCAGUGUUUGCUGCUGCUGUGGUUCCUGGCACAACAAUAAAGGGGUUGGUGUGUG